AUGGAUUGCUACGGGAAGUAUGCAGCUGUCACUUUGGCCAUUUUGUCUGUAUUUCUGCAUUUUCUUCAUGCUUUCCCAGAUGGAGAGUUCCUCAUGCAGGGUUGUCCGGAGUGCAAGCUAGGGGAGAACAGAUUCUUUUCCAAGCCAGGAGCACCUAUUUACCAGUGCACUGGGUGCUGUUUCUCCCGGGCCUAUCCCACUCCGAUGAGGUCCAAGAAGACCAUGCUUGUUCCAAAGAACAUUACAUCAGAAGCAACGUGCUGUGUAGCAAAGGCUUUUACCAAGAUUACCCUUAAGGACAAUGUGAAGAUAGAAAACCAUACAGAUUGUCACUGCAGUACCUGCUACUAUCAUAAAUCCUAAAGCCUGUCCCUUUGUUAAUGAUCAAGGACAACGGUGAAUGGAAUAUUUGUUUUUCAACUUUUAUAGCACUGCCGUGUAAAAUCUUAUGUUUUCUGGUCAAGACAUUGGGUAGACCUUUGAAUAAGAUGGAUGGCUGUUUUAUUUCCUCUUUGCUUCUUCAUGCAUUUAAAUUUAAUUAUUUCCAUUAGGGAUAAAAUACAGCGCUUGCAUGACAACUGAAGGCUUGAUCUAUUUUUAAA